CCGCAACGGGUACUAAAUCAACCUGGCCAGAAGAGGCUCGUCACCCUCGUCCCUUGGACAACGUCGACAUUCCACCUUUGUCCUCCUUGCCAUCGACAACCGCAUUCACCAGAGCGCCCAGAAUCUCGUCUCAGGCCACGUCGCGCAAGCUCUCACCGUCUCAUCGCCAUCUCUGAACCGCCGUCUCGCUUGCAGGGCCAUUGCGCGCAUCGCGAACAAAUCGCUUCCCAUUCCUAUACACCGUUUUGCUGGCUGCUGGACAGCUUCGUCGAUAAUCCGCCAAAAUGACGCUCAAGGAGGAGUUCCAGACCCGAAAUUUCAGUAUCUACGGACAAUGGCUCGGAAUCCUGUCCAUGAUUCUCUGCUUCGCGACCGGGCUGUCCAACAUCUUUACGCUCUUCUCUAAAUAUGCCCUCCUGAUUAUUUUCUGCGCCUUUGCUCUGGCCUCAUCCCUCAUCAUCUUGUUUAUUGAGGUGCCACUGCUGCUCAGAAUCUGCCCGACGUCCGCCAAGUUCGACGAACUCAUCCGCAAGGUCAGCUCCAACUACAUCCGAGCAGCCACCUAUGGCACCAUGGCCAUUGUCCAAUUUCUUAGCACCAUUAUUGUGAGCUCGAGCUUGAUUGCUGCGGCAGUUUUCCUGCUGCUGACGGCCAUCUGCUAUGGUCUUGCUGGACUCAAGGGCCAGGCCUUUAUUGGAAGCAAAACUCUUGGCGGUGCGGGCAUUGCCCAAAUGAUUGUCUAAGAUCCUUGCUGCGUGAUAUCUGCGGUGGGGAGGAAAAAGGGGUGAGAAGAAGGGGCACACGUUAACGACAUGUUUUACUGCAUCAAACGACGCAUGAUUCAGAAUGAACUGGGCGUAGUGACGAGGCUUGGAACUUGGACAAAAAUUUUGCAAGCGGCUAAACGAGAUGAUGUCUUUUUUUUUUGCAUGUAUUACUUCUGACCGCUUGCAUGGGGUUGUUAGUGGGCCUUUGUACCCAAAGGGAUUUCGGCGUCGGGAAUGAGGCCUCAUGGCCUAUGGUUUGAUUUCGACAGUUGCCGUUGCGCAUUUCUUAACAUGGUUGUGUUUAGUGGAAUAGAGUUUCUAAAUGCUGUU